CGGGAUGGCGGGAGAGCCAGCGAGUGAGAGAGGGGACUCUGGGAGGCUUACUUUACUCCCCUCAGUGUGUGGACAUCCGCGGACACUGACGGACACACUCCUCGCUCACUGCUGUCACCCUUGUCCCUCCCUUGGGCCCGCAGGCGCUGCCUUACUGCUACUGCUAUUCCCGAGGCUCUGCUGUCGCUCACUGCCGCCCUCGGCCCCCUCGCCGGCCCUCCCUCUGCUGCUUCUGCUUCGCCUCCCGAGUGCUGGCCGCAGGACGCCCCUCACCCCGGCCGCUGCUCGCCGUCGUCUCUCUCUCCGCCUCCUCUCCUCCUCCUCCUCCCCCCCCUCGCAAGGAGAUACUCACGCACACGAGGACGACCUCACGAGGCGCGGGGCAGUCCUCCGGGUGAGGCGGCAGCUCUGGCAUGGGCGGGAGGUGACGACGACCUCGGCCCGUCGGAGAGUGUCGGGCGUUGCGCCCUUCGUGGAGGUGCCUCGUCGUCCGCCGUUCGUUGUGUGCGAGUGUGAGCCCCCCUGAGGCGCUGACGACGCAGUGUGAUCGCGUGUCACCCGGAGAGGCGCCGCCAACACGCAGAAGACACGGGCGCGGCCACGAUGGCGAGCGAAUGAGGCCGAGCUCCGAGGGGACUAUGAGCGAGCGUGCCGCCGGAGUUGCGGUCGUCCAAGUAGCGGGUGGUCGAGCGGCGCGGGAGGUGCGGCUAUCGAGCGCGUGCAGGUGAGCGUGACACCUUGAGUGAUGGUGGGACCACGUGGUCACCCGCUUCACACUAACGACCCUCUCCGCUCCUACGACCCUCCCCUCCACCGCCGCCACGCUACCCCCGCCUGCACGCCCACAAACAUCGCCACGACGCCCACUGCACGCCGCCUACGAACCUCCCGCCGCCUCGACUGACGGCGCCGAAACGCCCAUGCCCUAGUCGCAGCCGCGCCGAACGGCCCCGCGUGUAAGGAAGCAGCGGAGGAGCAGAGGAGGCCCUGGGCGAAGAGACGGAGGCCGGAGCAGGAGGGCGGGCGGGCGCAGGAGCGGCGCGGCCCAGGAGCAUGUCUCAGGGAAUGUUGGGCCACCACCACCCCGGAGAGCACCUCGGCAUGGAGGACCUGGCCGCCGUGCCGAUCUGGGACCAGCACCUCCACCACAACCUGCACCACAACCUGCAUUUCACCUCCAAUUAUAUCGCCGCCAAUGCGUGGCCCUCAGCAGAUGUCAAGACUUACGGAUUUCACAGAUACCCCGGGAGCGCGAUGCUGGCAGGCUCCUUGACUCCCCCGGACAAGGUCAACGGGGAGGCGCACCACCACCCCGCCCACCACCACCACCCGCACCACGCCCUCAUGCCCGUCAUGCCCACCCUCCACACGCCGCCCUCGCCCCUGCCCACGCCCUCGCCGCCCGUCUACGAUAGGUUCGCGCCGAAGGAGCAGCGCCUUACGCGGGAGGCGAUGCAGCGGUACCUGCGCGAGCGCGGCGACCAGACGGUGGUGAUCCUGCACGCCAAGGUGGCCCAGAAGUCGUACGGCAACGAGAAGCGCUUCUUCUGCCCUCCGCCGUGCAUCUACCUGUACGGCGACGGGUGGCAGCGCAAGCGGCACGAGCUGCAGCGGGCCGGCGCCUCCGAGCACGACUCCCAGCUGUGCGCCUUCAUCGGCAUCGGCAACUCGGACCAGGACAUGCAGCAGCUCGACCUCAACGGCAAGCACUACUGCGCCGCCAAAACCCUCUACAUCAGCGACUCCGACAAGCGGAAACACUUCAUGCUGACCGUGAAGAAGUUCUGGGGCAACGGCGCGGACAUCGGCGUCUUCCACUCGCGCAGGAUCAAGGUCAUCUCCAAACCGUCCAAGAAGAAGCAGAGUCUCAAGAACGCCGAUUUGUGCAUUGCGUCGGGCACGAAGGUGGCACUGUUCAACCGCCUGCGCUCCCAGACGGUGUCCACGCGGUACCUGCACGUCGAGAACGGCAACUUCCACGCCUCGUCGACGCAGUGGGGCGCCUUCACGAUACACUUGCUGGACGACAACGAGAGCGAGAGCGAAGAGUUCAGCGUGCGCGACGGGUACAUCCACUACGGGUCAACGGUGAAGCUGGUGUGCGCCGCGACGGGCAUGGCGCUGCCCAGACUCAUCAUCCGGAAGGUGGACAAGCAGACGGCCCUCAUGGAUGCCGACGACCCAGUCUCGCAGCUGCACAAGUGCGCCUUCUACAUGAAGGACACCGAGCGCAUGUACCUGUGCCUCAGUCAGGAGCGCAUCAUUCAGUUCCAGGCCACCCCCUGCCCCAGAGAACCCAACAAGGAGAUGAUCAAUGACGGGGCCUCCUGGACCAUCAUCAGCACAGACAAGGCCGAAUACCAGUUCUAUGAGGGCAUGGGUCCUGUCCGUGCACCUGUCACACCUGUACCUAUUGUCAAUUCUCUGCACCUAAAUGGAGGUGGUGACGUCGCCAUGUUGGAACUCACAGGCGAGAGCUUCAGCCCCAAUCUGCGCGUGUGGUUCGGCGACGUCGAAGCAGAGACGAUGUAUCGCUGCCAGGAGUCGAUGCUCUGCGUUGUACCCGACAUCUCUGCCUUCCGAAGGGGGUGGCAGUGGGUCCGUCAGCCCACACAGGUGCCUGUGUCUUUAGUCCGUAACGAUGGCAUAAUCUAUGCCACCAACCUUACCUUCACGUACACACCUGAGCCUGGCCCGAGGCAGCACUGUCCCCAGGCGGACGACAUCAUGAGACCUCCCCAGCAUCGCCUGCCACCCGCCUCCCUGCACGACACACCCACCUCCGCCCACGCGCACCAUCAUGCCUCGCCACCAGCCAACCCCCUUGUACCUCUACAGUUCGAACCUUCACAACCACUUCAUACAUCUACCCAACAACAGCAUCAGCAACAACAGCAACAGCAGCAGCAGCAGCAGCAACAACAACAACAACAGCAGCAACAGCAACAGCAACAGCAACAACAGCAGCAGCAGCAGCAGCAACAGCAGCAGCAUCUUUAAAGGCCUUGACUCUGUCUUCCCUAAGCUUACAAAGGAAAGCCCAUGAAACAGACAUACUGCAAGAAAGAACUACAGGAGCAGCAUGUUAUGUCAUGGGUGAUUUUGAAAUUCAGUAAAAAAAAAAAAUGAAAGAAAUACGGUGUUGUGUUGUUUGUUGUGUUGGGCUGUGAAAUGCUCCCGAAACACAUGCUUGUGCCCAGUGAAAGUGAAGUGAAAUAGUGUUAAUGAUAAAACCCAUUGCGCCGUGCUUGCUGACAGAGACAGUUUUAACACAGUACACGGUCGGACACUUGAGGGUUAACUUGAUUCCUUACUCUUUCCUUGGGCGGACGCUGUAACAAGUGCUGUAAUGAGCAUAUUGGAAAAAUAAAGUUUACUCAUCGUGAUGUGUGUACAACAUAGUUUUGGAUUUGCGAAGUUUUGUAUAAUCACGUCUGUACAUGACAUUCCAUUUUUAAAAAAUGACCACACUCAAUGUACAAAGUUAAUUAGUGACUAGUGUAGGAAAUUUGCAAAGAAUAUUUGUUUACUGAAUGGGAAAUGUAACUCCAUGAAAACUCAAAUUCAAAGGUUUUGGCUGCAACUGAUAUACUUCUCUAGAGGUUCCUUCUACUGUUUGUGAUAUUUUUGUACUCGUAUGAUUGAAAGUAUUUUUAGAUCUCAACUUUAGGUAUUUGAUCUAUUUCUUGAGUGAAUUUUUGUAUUGUUUUAUUUUUGUAAAUAUCGGAUUAGAUUGUAUUCAUUUUUUUUUCUUUUUUUUUAAUUCUAUAUAUUAAUUUUAAUAGCCACAAAACUCGUAGGGCUAAUCGAAAGCUACACUUAAAAAGUUCAGCAGUGUACUGUUAGGUUAGUGUGGCUGUGUCUGGUCCACCUCUUCGUUAUAACAUACACAGUAACUCUAUUAUCAGACCUAUUGUGAAAUAUGCAUCACAUGGUAUAACUACUGUUAAAUAGGACAGUUUUUUAUGUAUCGAAGACUAUACCUAUGUUAGAAUUGGUAUAGUGCAUAAAGUAUAUGACGAGAGACCAUGCUUUGUACAUUUGUAAACAUCAGGUUUUGUAUUUGGGUAUGUAACUACUAUGUAAAUAAUUGCCGACAGUGUCAAAAGAAGAUUUUUCAAAUCCUAAAUUUGGGAGAGGGAAAACCAUUUCACAGUCAUAUAAACAAGGGUCACAGGUUCCGCGAGGUCACAGUUCACGUUAGAAAAUGAGUGUAAUUUUUGGUCACAAGGGGCGGGGAGUGCCACAGGUACUCUGCCCAGAUGUAGCACACAUUAAAGUUUGUGAUAAGUGUACAGCAGUCUCUUUAUGUACAGUAUUUAAUAUUCAUUCAUGCAAUAAAGUUCAGUUUGUAA